ACAAAUUAUUUAUAAAAAAUAUUAUUAUUUAAUACUUAUUGCUAUGCAUAAUAUAUAAACAACAGUCCAGUGGUAAUAAAACCAAACAUUUAAAAAUAUGGAAGAUUAUAUUUAUGAAUUUAAUUCCAAUUUUCGCACACAGAGUCCAUCUGCAGAGUAUAGUCAUAAUUCUAUUGAAUUUGGAGCUAAUGUAUUACCAAUUUAUUUAAACAUUAAUGACCAAAAAAAUCCAGAUUACAACCCUAAAUGUACUGCAAUGAUAUUAGACUUUGGUUCUACUCCACAAGAUGUUGGUGAAAUAUGUUUUAAAAAUUACUAUACAUACAUAAUUUCAGUUUUGGUUAUGAAAAUAUCAAAUACUGAUCCGAAAAAAAUAAAAAAAUGGUACAUAGCUAUAAGACAAAAGGUUGUAUACACGUUUUAUAUUUUGUAGCAAACAUAAAAAAAUUCAGUAAGAAAUAAAA